UUGUGAAAGGCUAAGUCUCAAAAUCUCCCCAAACCAAACGAACAACACAACCCAUUUGGAUCUCUCUUCUUUCUUUGAUCUCCAAAUACACCCUUUUCGUUUUUUCAACACUUCUCUCCACAGAGAAAAGGAGAAAAGUGCCGAUCACGUGUCUCGUGUGGUCAUCGAUGGCAGCAGCACCUGCGAUUGAAUAAUAUUAUUUGCUUAAUUGUCUUUUUCUUUUUAUUUGGGAAUUCAACUGUAGAGUGGGCUUCUGUUGUUGAAGGUUUGGAGCAUUGUUUCUUAUAACACGUGACUCAUCGGUUAUCACCACUCUUAACGUAGCUUACGUGUUUGAUUAAAUGCUUCAAUGUGCUCUAAUUUAGGUUGGGAAAGAGAAACCAGAACUAAAUCGAGCUUCAAGAAACUGGAAACCAGAAACUGAGUAGGAUAAAUCUCCAUUAAUGUAAUUGAAUUGCUUUUGUUGAUAUGAGUUCAGAUUCUGCAAACAAACAUUGAAAGAUAAUGGACACAAUUCUAUGGCUUCGAAACUCCUCAGCAUAUCUCCCCUUACAACCAAAAACCAAAAGGUUACAACUCCUCAAAUACCCAGAUGCUUUGUCCUCAAGUUUGUCAAAUAUCUUUGUUUUUCAUCAGCUCUUCACCCUGAACACUUUGUUAACCAUGACCAUUGCUUCAAUUCAGACUCAUUCUAUGCAUCUCUUAUUGAUAGUUCUACCCACAAGAGACACCUUGAUCAAAUACAUAACCGGUUAGUUAUCUCCGGGUUGCAACAUAAUGGGUUUCUCAUGACCAAACUGGUUAAUGGGAGUUCAAAUCUUGGACAAAUUUGUUAUGCUCGCAAGCUGUUUGAUGAAUUUUGUUACCCUGACGUGUUUAUGUGGAAUGCUAUCAUUAGGAGUUAUUCGAGGAACAAUAUGUACAGGGACACCGUUGAAAUGUAUAGAUGGAUGAGAUGGACAGGAGUGCAUCCAGAUGGAUUCACUUUUCCUUAUGUACUAAAAGCUUGUACUGAGUUGUUAGAUUUUGGUUUGAGUUGCAUAAUUCAUGGGCAGAUAAUCAAAUAUGGCUUUGGGUCAGAUGUGUUUGUGCAGAAUGGCCUUGUUGCAUUGUAUGCUAAAUGUGGCCAUAUUGGUGUGGCAAAAGUGGUGUUUGAUGGGUUAUACCAUAGAACAAUUGUUUCAUGGACUUCCAUCAUUUCUGGAUAUGCACAGAAUGGGAAAGCUGUGGAAGCAUUGAGAAUGUUCAGUCAAAUGAGAAAUAAUGGUGUGAAACCAGAUUGGAUUGCUCUGGUAAGCAUUCUGAGGGCGUAUACUGAUGUAGAUGACUUAGAGCAAGGGAGAUCUAUUCAUGGCUUUGUCAUCAAAAUGGGUCUUGAAGAUGAGCCUGAUUUGCUUAUCUCUCUUACAGCUUUUUAUGCUAAAUGUGGGCUGGUGACAGUUGCAAAAUCUUUCUUUGAUCAAAUGAAGACAACAAACGUGAUUAUGUGGAAUGCAAUGAUAUCUGGCUAUGCAAAGAAUGGCCAUGCUGAGGAAGCAGUAAAUCUAUUCCAUUACAUGAUCUCGAGAAAUAUUAAACCAGAUUCUGUCACUGUGAGGUCUGCAGUCUUAGCUAGUGCGCAAGUUGGUUCCCUCAAAUUAGCACAAUGGAUGGAUGACUAUGUUAGCAAGAGUAACUAUGGAAGUGACAUUUUUGUUAAUACUGCUCUCAUUGAUAUGUAUGCAAAAUGUGGAAGUGUGGAAUUUGCUCGCAGGGUAUUUGAUCGUAACUCUGAUAAGGAUGUUGUUAUGUGGAGUGCCAUGAUUAUGGGAUAUGGAUUGCAUGGUCAAGGAUGGGAAGCCAUUAAUCUUUACCAUGUGAUGAAGCAAGCAGGGGUGUUCCCAAAUGAUGUCACCUUUAUUGGGCUUCUCACAGCAUGCAAUCAUUCUGGCCUUGUAAAAGAGGGAUGGGAGCUAUUCCAUUGCAUGAAAGACUUUGAAAUUGUGCCUCGUAAUGAGCAUUAUUCUUGUGUUGUAGAUCUCUUGGGACGAGCAGGUUAUUUGGGUGAGGCUUGUGCAUUUAUAAUGAAAAUUCCCAUUGAACCUGGGGUAAGUGUAUGGGGGGCACUUCUAAGUGCAUGCAAGAUCUAUCGCUGUGUAACAUUGGGAGAAUAUGCUGCAAACAAGCUAUUCUCAUUGGAUCCAUACAAUACAGGGCAUUAUGUACAACUCUCUAAUCUCUAUGCUUCCUCCCGCUUGUGGAAUUGUGUUGCACAUGUUCGAGUUCUAAUGAGGGAGAAAGGAUUGAAUAAGGACCUUGGUUACAGUGUAAUUGAAAUAAAUGGGAAGCUACAGGCAUUUCAUGUAGGGGACAAGUCACACCCAAUGGCUAAGGAAAUAUUCGAUGAGCUUCAGAGAUUAGAAAGAAGGUUAAAGGAGGUUGGGUUUGUCCCAUAUACAGAAUCUGUUUUGCAUGAUCUGAAUUAUGAAGAGAAGGAGGAGAAUCUUAGUUUUCAUAGUGAGAGGAUAGCUGUUGCUUAUGGGCUUAUUAGUACUGCUCCUGGAACUACACUUAGAAUAACAAAGAAUCUUCGAGCAUGUGUGAACUGUCAUUCUGCCAUAAAGCUUAUAUCAAAGCUUGUUGAAAGGGAAAUAAUUGUAAGGGAUGCAAAUCGGUUUCAUCAUUUUAAAGAUGGUUUGUGUUCAUGUGGAGACUAUUGGUAAGAAGAAUAACUCAAACUCAUGCCAGCAGUUGCUGUUAGCUGACACUUCCCCAGAUUAAUUGACUGCUUGCUAGUUUUGUUAAAUAGCAUACUGAUCUUGGAUCUCUGGCAUUAACUUUUCCGCAAUAUCGGUAGAGACAACAUGUACAUUUUGGUGAUCAAUCACAUCUUUUGAUUGUAGUCUGCUGAUAUAUGUUCUCAGAUUAUCAAGAUUAACCAACCCGACCAGGCAGCCACAGGGGUUAGCUGCUUAAAAAUCAGCUUGCUGUUUCAUGAAAAAAAAGCAGAAUCUGUAGUUAGAGGGUGCAGAUUCAACAGUUGCCCGCAUUGGGUUCUAUAGUUAUUUUAAUGACUAAGUGGGAGCAUGUAUUUGUCCUUGUACUUCCCAACUGAAAAGAUUAUGUUUUGAAGACAGUGUUAUAAAUUUUCCGCUUACAUAGUUGUCGGAUUUGUUGUGAUGAGUUCAUUUGCUCAGCUCUCUCCACUUUCAUUUUGUACUCCGACUCUUAAAGUAGUUGAUCUUUUCCCAA